AAUAAUAAUAAUAGAAAAUAAUCAAAAUUGUACAAGAGACAUUGUGAGCGUGCUGCAAGAUCAAUUAAUCUACACAACAACAAAACAAAAGCUCGGUUCGGGGUCGCGUUACAUAACAAGAGAUUGAUCCAGAAAUCUUAAAUCCGUUUCGAGCAUUCCAGCAAUUCAGCCAUAAGUUUUUGAGCGGACGGACAUUGGAAGGCCGGCGUCUACAGACACACACACACACGUAUACCUCUACACAUACACUCAAACCUUACCUUCAAAGAAUGGCGGCCUACUUACCCCGUGGAUAUUGGCAAGAGGAGGAGGAAAGACCUCGCGAAAACAAUCGUGGCGCACGACACAAUGAAAGACGUGAUGGCAAUCGCCAGGAAAGAGGACAUCCUGGAGCGGACCGGGACUUGCAACGUGGGCGUGGUCGUCCAAGUAUAUGGCAGUAUUCAUGUGGUCUUUGCCAAGAUGACCACGCUCUUAACUCAUGCCAGCGCUUUCGAGACAAAACCCCGUACCAACGGUACGAAACAGUGGAAAGGAGAGGCUAUUGUAGAAAUUGCCUGGCAAGAAGUCACCUAGCGCCAGACUGUACAAGCCUCACAGGGUGCCGCCGUUGUCAUGAUCGUCAUCACACCCUACUCCAUGGGGCCCCUCAACUCGAAGAGGCACCCCUCAAUAUAGACGUGCCUGUGACACCGCCCCGCUUCUUAUGGGACAUUGUUUUUGUGCCGACGGCCAUUAUACGCAUAACCGGUGAAGACGUCGACAGUUGGGCUUCUGUGCGAGUCCUGGUAAGCCAGUCCUCUAUAAUGUCCAGAAUCGCGUAUGCGACGUUCCGCCGGCUUGGUCUUCGAACGUUUUUGUACCAAGGUAAACGAUUUGCUAGCUUUAAAAUUAUGUCUCGCCAACCCACUAGCACUUGGGCGUUAAAGGUCAACGCGCUCAUCACGGACGAGCUGCCAAGACAACCCUAUUCCGACCCUCUUCUUCACGACCCGACCCGUGAUUUAACUGAUAGCUCACUAGCUGACCCGGACCCGAGAAGCAAUGUUCCUAUCGAUCUAGAGCUUGGUGCAGAUACAUACUCUGCAAUACAUAGAGAAGGUCGCAUAUUUACCGGACUUGGUGACGUCAACGCCUAUAGGACGGUACUGGGAUACAUCAUAUCCGGCCCUAUUCGGAAUCUAAAUCAAUAAGGCUUCCAUCGUCAUACUUACUUAGCCCUUAAAAUCUUGGAAUGUAACACUUGGUCAUGGGGGGCGGAAUGUUCAUGGUUGUGCUAUUUUUUUUAUCAUAGCUGCUGUGCUAGCUAAACGCAACAGGUAUGUGCCUAGCGGUCUGUCAUGUAAAACACACACGCACUCAUACCAACGUGCGUAUAUGCAGUCGCUGGGUACAUACUUGUUUGUUGUUAUUCAGCCAAACAAAUGGUCAUCGCCAACCACUGGCAGAUGAUAUUCUUUUCUUUUUGGUAAUUAUUCGAAGUCAAGCUUAACUCCCGUACGCAUAAAAACCCCCGCGACCAAGAAAAAAAGAACAACAAAAAGAACCUGUGAGCAAGGAAAAAGAAAGAAAAAGUGAAAUUAAAUUGUACACAGCAAAGAAAUUAAGAACUGUUUAAAAUGUGAAAUUGUUUAAAAAUACUUACCAUCUAGAAAAUAAACAUACUUACCUAUAUUGUGAACCCUAAAUACCUACCUUGAAAUUAAAACAAAACAAAAACAAGAAGAAUACUUACCUAAGGAAAUUAGUGAAACAAAAAUUGCAAGAAACACAAGAAAAAUUAUAAAAUUACUAACUACUUAUUAUCUACACUGUUAAAAUUUACCUACAUAUAUUUUCUUAAAACCUAAUUAUUGCACAAAGUGUUUAAACUAAUUUAUAUUGCACUUACCUAAUUAAGCUUAUACUACAUUGUAAAUAUUGCACAGUGGAACAAAAAAAAAUACAAACCUGUGAAAAUAAACAAAUUGAAUUGAAACAAAAAAAGCAAUCUAGUCUUGUGGGAAAAAAAAAGGCAAAACCAAAGUUCGUAAAG